AUGCGACUCGCCGCCCUGCAAUGUGAGCGAGUGGGGGAGGGCGGAGAGGAAGGGGGAGGGCGGUGGGGAGGAUGGGGGAGGGUGGGGAGGAAGGCGGAGGCCGGUGGGGAGGAUGGGGGAGGGUGGGGAGGAAGGGGGAGGGCGGUGGGGAGGAAGGGGGAGAAUCAGAGGGUGACACGGGGGUGGCGUGUGUUGUCAGCAGAGGGUGGCGUGUGUUGUCAGCAGAGGCUGGCGUGUGUUGUCAGCAGAGGGUGGCGUGUGUUGUCAGCAGAGGGUGGCGUGUGUUGUCAGCAGAGGGUGGCGUGUGUUGUCAGCAGAGGGUGGCGUGUGUUGUCAGCAGAGGGUGGCCGUGUGUUACUGAUGAUGGAUGGGCAGCCAGCAGUAGAGCUGAAGGAACAGGUGGCACAUCCAUCAUGGAACAGGUGGCACAUCCAUCAUGGAACAGGUGGCACAUCCAUCAUGGAACAGGUGGCACAUCCAUCAUGGAACAGGUGGCACAUCCAUCAUGGAACAGGUGGCACAUCCAUCAUGGAACAGGUGGCAGCAGUGGUGCCUCAGAGAAUCAAUGGAGCAGCCAGCAGUAGAGCCGAAGGAACAGGUAGCAUGAACAGCUUUUGCAAAAAGAAGGGGCACUGGUGGACAGGGGCACUGGUGGACAGGGGCACUGGUGGACAGGGGCACUGGUGGACAGGGGCACUGGUGGACAGGGGCACUGGUGGACAGGGGCACAACACAAGCAUCUGA